AGUCAAUCGUAGUACAAAAGCGUCUACCCUGUUACCUAUUAAUUAGAAUGCGAUGCUCCCUCGUCGUCGCAACGUUGGAGGUGUGUCGGAUCGCACACCAUUGAUCGAAAACGAAGACUCCUACAGCAAACUAGACAAGAAGGGAUCGUCAUAUGCAAAGCCCUAUGCGCCUCUAGCGUACGCACAACCAAGUCGUUCCACAUUUGACAGUCCUGAGCAAGAUUUCGUAUUUGACUUCUUGGAAGAUUUUGUUUUCGAACCAGUAAUGGCUGCCCGAGAUAGGACUAAUGAGUUCGCUGCGGCUGUCCGCAGCUUACAGGGAAGAACACUAGUGCGGCCAGUGGUGCGCGAUGAGCGCAAGGUCGCCAUUCUCGAGACAUAUUCUCAAUUUAUGGGCAUGGCAAAAGUCAUAAGCAAAAACAUUACAAGCACUUAUGCCAAAUUAGAAAAAUUAGCCUUGUUGGCCAAGAAGAAGUCCUUAUUUGAUGAUAGGCCAACAGAGAUACAAGAGUUGACAUACAUAAUUAAAGGAGACAUAAGUUCUCUCAAUCAGCAAAUUGCGAGACUGGGAGAGAUGCCCCGAGGUCGCCACAGUAUGCACAGCCACUCUUCCAGUGUAGUACUUGCAUUACAAUCACGACUUGCAUCGAUGAGUAACCAGUUCAAACAGGUUUUAGAAGUACGAUCAGAAAACUUGAAGCAUCAAAAUAACAGACGUGAGCAAUUUUCAAGAGUGGGACCUAUUGUAAAAGAGGUUCCCUCUCUACUGCAGCAGGAUGAAGUGAGCAUAGACCUUGGGGAUCAUCCUCAGUCCAGCUUACAGACCCAGCAGUUAGCUUUACGAGAUGAUAGUGAAUUGUAUAUGCAGCAAAGAGCUGAGACCAUGCAUAACAUAGAGAGUACUAUUGUUGAGUUAGGAGGUAUUUUCCAGCAACUGGCACAUAUGGUGAAAGAACAAGAUGAAGCCAUAGGCCGGAUUGAUGCCAACAUCCAAGAAACAGAAAUGAAUGUAGAGGCAGGUCAUAGAGAAAUCAUGAAGUAUUUUCAAAGUAUUACAGGCAACAGAGCUCUCAUGUUCAAGGUGUUUGGAGUGUUGAUAUUCUUCUUCAUAUUUUUUGUUGUGGUCAUGGCUUGAGUUGAGCUUUUCCAUUUUAGGUCGUGGGGUUAGUAUAACCGGUGUAGUAAAUUUACCAGCAUUCCAGUCUUGCUAUAUCUGUUCUCAUACCAUUUUUACCUAAUUAAAUCCAUCAUUCUACUUUUGAUUCAAAGAAACAUUUAUUUUUAGUAACAUUAUAUUUGUACAUAUUAUGUAGUUUACAUUUUCAUUACAAUUGCAACAGAAGUAGUUCCAAUUAGUGAAAAACUCCAUAACACCAAAGUGAACUUGUUGACAGACU